AUGGCGGAUCGGAAACCGAAACUCGAACCCGAACCCGAAACGACGCCGCCGUCAAGCUCACAUCAACAUCAAGAAGCCGCCGUCACCGCCUACGCAGUCUUAUACCCGAUGCUCUCGGAGAAUUUCGAACGCAUCGCUCAUUAUCUCGAACAAACCACAGCCCCGACCAGACUCAACCCACGGAACAGUGUCGAAGAGCUCGCCAGAGUGCCUCACGAGUUCCUCUCCGAGUGUUUCAAACGUGUUGUCCAUGAGCUCAAACUAACCAUAGUGCUGCAAACGUAUGGGUUGCCAGGGGAACUUGAGGUUGAGGUUAAGGACUACACUCUCUAUUGCGGUCUUAUGGGCACCGCAUUUCUGCUCUUCAAGUCUUCCCAGGUCACCGGCAACGUCCACGAUCUCUUUCUCUGCUCCCAGAUUGUGAAAACUUGCGAUGCUGCUUCUCUUUAUACUAGGGAUGUCACUUUUCUUUGUGGGCGUGCUGGUGUUUGCGCCCUUGGAGCUGUUGCUGCACACUACUGUGGUAACAGCCAGUUAUCGGGGUACUACUUGACUCAGUUUCAUAAGAUUGUGGUGCCAGAAGAUUAUCCUGACGAUUUGAAACUCGGGAGGGCUGGUUUACUAUGGGCUUGUUUGUUCUUAAACAAACACAUUGGUCAGGAUAUAGUUCCUUACCGUUAUACUGCCCGGCUUGUAGAUGAAAUUAUAAAAAAUGGAAGGGCAUUGGGUACGAAGGAGAUAUGCCCUUUGAUGUUUGAGUUGUAUGGAGAGAAGUGUUGGGGUGCUUCACAUGGAUUGGCUGGGAUUAUGCAUGUUCUUAUGGAUAUGAAGUUGAAGCCAGAUGAGCUUGAGGAUGUUAAGGGAACUCUUAAAUACAUGAUACGUAACCGCCUUCCCAGUGGAAACUAUCCUAUAAGCGAAGUAGAUAGGAAUGAUGAGUUUGUGAGCUGGUGUCAUGGAGCUCCUGGAAUAGCCAUCACACUUGUCAAAGCAGCUAAGGUUUUUGGAGAUAAAGAAUUCUUGGAUGCAGCUAUGCAAGCAGCAGAGGUGGUUUGGGAACGAGGUUUGCAUAAGCGAGUUGGGAUUUGCCAUGGUAUUAGCGGGAAUGCUUAUGUGUUCUUGUCACUUUACCAACAUACCAGGGACGUGCAGUACUUAGACAUGGCUAGACGUUUUACUUGUUCUGUACUUGAUAGAGCUCCUAAGGAUAUACCUCGAGGUGAAAUGCAUGGAGGUGAUCAACCAUAUUCGUUGUUUGAAGGUAUAGGAGGCUUGGCUUAUCUCUUGUUGGACAUGGUUGAUCCUACCCAGUCUAAAUUUCCAGCCUAUGAACUCUGAGAAUCUACAUAAU